UUUUCUGAUAUAACAACAACAUGAACCCUCCUCUAGCUUUAAACCUACCACCACCUCAUCCCCAUUUCCUUUCAUCAUCCCCAUCAUCAGUUCUGGACCCUUUCUCUCUUAUUAAUACUCCCUGAACAAAUAUAUAUGUGACCAAAUCACGGAGACGUUUUGGUUUUGUUUUCAGCUUAUAUUCUCAAAAUAUGGCAGUUCAAGCUCAGACCAUGUAUUUCUCAGAAAACUUGGGCAUGAGUGGCUUCCCGCAGCAACAAGAUUGGUCUCUGAUCAACCCACCUCCUCUUUCCGAUCCCGGGUUUGAUCAUGACUUCUUCUCCGGCCUCAUUCCAGACCCUCAAACUCAUCAGCAGCAACAAGUUCAUCAGUUUCAUCCAAAUCUAGGAGUUUCUUCUGUUUCAAAUUCUCCUAAUUCCACUUGCAAUAGCUUCCUCCCCACGACGUCGUUUUCCGAUACUCUCACCGCUCAGCUCGACUUACAAAGGCAGGAGAUAGAUUGCAUUCUUCAGUUGCAGAAUGAGAAGCUGAGAUUUGCUUUGCAAGAGCAGAGGAAGCGGCAGCUGGCUGCCCUGUUGAGAAACUUCGAGUCUAGGACGUCGAGUUUGAUCAGGCAAAAAGAGGAGCACUUGUCACAAGCGAGAAAGAGAGCAAUGGAGCUUCAAGAUUGCUUGAGGAAGGCGGAGAUGGAGACGGAGACGUGGCAGAGAUUGGCCAAAGCAAACGAGACGAUGGUGAUGGACCUCAACAACACGCUCGAACAGGUCAAAGAGAGAAGGGUCCUUUGCAGCAACGGAACCGAUGAUGCAGAGUCCUUCUGUGGCUCAUCUUGCGAGAAGCAAGAAGUGCUUUCAGAAAAAGCAGUUCACAACAAAAAGCUGGGUUUGGAUUGUAAAAGCUGUAAUGCUAGAAGGUCGUGCGUGCUUUUUCUUCCUUGCAGACACCUCUGCUCGUGCAAGUUCUGUGAAGCUUUUCUUGAUUAUUGCCCCGUUUGUAAAUCGACCAAGGAGGCAAGCAUGGAGGUCUUUUUGGUCUAACACCAAAAUGCACCGAGCAAAACGCAAAAAGAAAGUUAGGAAAAAAAAGAGAAAAAAAAAAAC